GCGCCCUCUUUUUCCACCGUGUGGUCUGACUUCCAUACGGCGUUGUUUCGUGCUCUCCCAUCUCACUCGUUACGCAGGGAAAGUGGUCACGAUGUCCGGAGGUCUGGAUGUCCUUCAGAUGAAGGAGGAGGAUGUGCUGAAGUUCCUGGCAGCAGGAACCCACCUGGGAGGCACCAACUUGGACUUCCAGAUGGAUCAGUAUGUGUACAAGAGAAAAAGCGACGGUGUGUACAUCAUUAACCUAAAGAAGACCUGGGAAAAGCUGCUGCUGGCAGCCAGGGCCAUUGUUGCCAUUGAGAACCCAGCUGAUGUGUGUGUCAUCUCUUCCAGGAACACUGGACAGAGAGCGGUGCUGAAGUUUGCCUCCGCCACUGGUGCCACCACCUUCCAUGGUCGGUUCACCCCUGGUACAUUCACCAAUCAGAUCCAGGCAGCUUUCAGGGAGCCCCGCCUCCUGAUUGUGACAGACCCUCGUGCCGACCAUCAGCCACUGACUGAGGCUUCCUACGUCAACAUCCCCACCAUUGCCCUGUGCAACACUGACUCCCCACUGAGAUACGUGGACAUUGCCAUCCCCUGUAACAACAAGGGUCACCACUCUGUGGGUCUGAUGUGGUGGAUGUUGGCAAGGGAGGUUCUAAGGAUGAGGGGAACCAUCUCCAGGGAGCACCCAUGGGAAGUCAUGCCUGAUCUGUACUUCUACAGAGACCCUGAAGAGAUUGAGAAGGAGGAGCAGGCUGCAGCUGAGAAGGCCGUCGGAAAGGAGGAGUUCCAGGGUGAAUGGAGCGCCCCUGCAGCUGAGUUCACCCAACCAGAGGUGGCUGACUGGUCUGAAGGUGUUGCUGUGCCAUCUGUGCCCAUCCAGCAGUUCCCUGCAGCUGCACCGGCCGUGAAGACAGGUGAAGUAUUUUCAUAUGAGUUAAUAUGGAAAAAUCUGAACGUAGAAGUGUUAAUUGUCUACUUAACGUUUUGUUUUCUUUCCCCUGCAGAGGACUGGAGUACUCAGCCUGCCACAGAGGACUGGUCCACUGCCCCCACUGCCCAGGCAUCUGACUGGGGUGGUGCCACUUCUGACUGGUCUUAAAUUGUUGACAAUGGCAACAAUAAAACAGUGUUUUUUACACUUGGA